AUGGGGGUGGCGACGCUGGCGGCGGGCGCUCGGCUGGGGCGCUGGUUGAGCGGGCUGGGGCCGGGUCGCGGACACUGGACAGCGGCCGGGCGCUCGCGGAGACGGCGCGAGGCGGCGGAGGCCGAGGCGGAUGCGCCCGUGUUCCAGUAUGUGGGCGAGCGUGCGACUCGCGCUGACCGCAUCUUCGUGUGGGGCUUCAGCUUCUCCGGGGCGCUGGGCGUGCCAACCUUCGUGCUGCCCGGCUCCGGACCCCAGCCCCGCGCCGGGUCGCGGCCGCGCCGCAGAAUCCAGGCCGUGCCCUACCGCCUGGAGCUGGACCAAAAGAUUUCAUCUGCUGCCUGUGGAUAUGGAUUCACGUUGCUGUCCUCUAAAACCAAGGACAUUACGAAAGUUUGGGGUAUGGGGCUCAACAAAGAUUCCCAGCUCGGAUUUCACAGGAGCCAGAAAGACAAAACGAGGGGAUAUGAGUACGUGUUGGAGCCCUCGCCUGUGCCGCUGCCGCUGGACAGGCCCCAGGAGACGCGGGUGCUGCAGGUCUCCUGUGGCAGAGCCCACUCGCUCGUCCUGACGGAUGGUGAAGGAGUCUUCAGCAUGGGGAACAAUUCUUACGGGCAGUGUGGAAGAAAGGUGGUCGAGAAUGAAAUUUAUAGUGAAAGUCACACAGUUCAUAGGAUGCAGGACUUCGAUGGACAGGUGGUCCAGGUCGCCUGUGGUCAGGACCACAGUCUGUUCCUGACGGAUCGAGGAGAAGUGUAUUCUUGUGGAUGGGGUGCAGACGGGCAGACAGGCCUGGGUCACUACAAUAUCACCAGCACGCCCACCAGGCUGGGCGGAGACCUGGCCGGAGUGAACGUCGUCCAGGUGGCCACCUAUGGGGACUGCUGCCUGGCCGUGUCAGCCGACGGUGGCCUCUUUGGCUGGGGCAACUCUGAGUACCUGCAGCUGGCUUCCAUCACCGACUCCACACAGGUGAACGUCCCCCGGUGCUUGCCCUUCUCAGGAGUGGGGCUGGUGAAGCAGGCUGCGUGUGGGGGCACAGGCUGUGCGGUAUUAAACGGAGAAGGACAUGUUUUCGUCUGGGGCUACGGAAUUCUUGGGAAGGGACCAAACCUCUUGGAAACCGCUCUUCCAGAAAUGAUUCCACCCACUCUGUUUGGCCUGACGGAGUUUAACCCGGGCGUCCAGGUUUCCCGCAUUCGCUGCGGACUCAGCCACUUUGCCGCCCUGACCAACCGAGGAGAGCUGUUUGUGUGGGGCAAGAACAUCCGAGGGUGCCUGGGAAUCGGUCGCCUGGAAGACCAGUACUUCCCGUGGAGGGUGACUAUGCCUGGGGAGCCCGUGGACGUGGCGUGUGGUGUGGAUCACAUGGUGACUCUGGCCAGGUCCUUCAUCUGA